GGGGGGAAUAUAUAUAUUUAAAUAUACAGCGUACGCACGGAGCGAGGCAGGAAGGAGAUUCACGGGGAGAUGGAGCUCUCGGCCGUCGGCGAGAGCGUCUUCGCGGCCGAGUCCAUCAUUAAACGCCGUAUAAGACGGGGUCGCUGGGAAUAUCUCGUGAAAUGGAAGGGUUGGUCUCAGAAAUACAGCACUUGGGAGCCGGAGGAAAACAUUCUGGACGAACGUCUCUUCGCUGCCUUCGAAGAGAGGUGAGCUUCUGGCAGCGCCGCAGGCCUCUCCGUCGACACGGCCGCACCGCGCCGCACCGCACCACACCACGCUUUCUGUCUGUUCCCAUCAGAGAUGCCGACCCCUUAAUGACGUUUUCAUUCACCAGGGAACGCGAAAGGGAGCUAUUCGGACCGAAGAAGAGGGGGCCCAAGCCGGAGACGUUUCUGCUGAAGGCCAAAGCCAAAGCCAAAGCCAAGACCUAUGAAUUCAGAAGAGAAUCGGCGAGGGGGCUUCAGGUUUCGUAUCUGGCUCCGGAGCCUGUCAUCACACCGAGGGCCCGGGAGGGCUUGCGAGCCGUCGUCCCCACCAUCUUCCCCCCCAGCACCGUGAACAGGGGGGAGUCCGUGCACGUCAGGCCACCGGAGCCGGAGAGGAGGCCCAGGCCGGCGCCCCCGCCGUCGUCGUUCGUGGGUCACGAGUUCGUGGAGCUGCCCAAGAAGAGAGGGCGUAAACCCAAGCCCGGUGCACGAUGCGACGCCGAGUCGGAUGGCGGUUCGGCGGAGCCCGCCAAGCGGAGCAGGCUGGUUGGCCACGGCUCUCACGGGUUGUCCAAACUGUCACGGCAUUUCCGCCCCCACGGAGAGACGUCCGAGACGAGCCUCCUCCAGCUGACGAGGAGGUUUCAGGAGGAAACCACUAUAACGCCCAAAAGCGGCGACGAGCAGCGGCGGGUCGGUGGCGUCUCGACGGGUGUGGACGUGGGCCACCAGCGCGUGCUCCACCGGGGGGACGACAGGACUCGCUGCUCGCCCGUCCAUCUGAAGCGCCUGGCGACAAGCCUCCCGGGGUGUUCUUCACCCGGGGAGGAGGAGGAGGAGGAGGAGGCGCCCGGCUCCGGGGACGAGGAGCGGUCAGAGGCGUCGUGGACUCCGAGCCUCGGCCACUUCGAUAACGUGGUGGUGACUGACGUCACAACUAACUUCCUGACGGUCACCAUCAAGGAGAGCAGCACGGACAGAGGGUUCUUCAGAGACACGAGAUGAGGGGGGGGGGGGGGG